AUGGUCAGUUGUUGUACAAUUAAUUGGUUUGAGGAUUGGCCAGAAGAUGCGCUAGUAAUGGUAGCACACAAAUACAUGGAAAACGUAAACCUGUCCAUGAAAAUUAAGGAAUCAGCGGUCAAAGUUUGUCAACGCUUUCACAUUGAUGCAAGACGAUUAUCUUUGGAAUUUUAUUCUAUCACACAUCGUCGAACGUACAUAACAUCUGCAUCAUAUCUGGAUUUAAUUAAAGCGUAUACAAAUUGCACUAACCUCAAGCAAAAAGAAAUUAUGGAAGAAAAAAUGCGUUACAUUGGUGGACUUAAGGAACUAGAGUAUGCUACUGUUCAAGUUAAUCAAAUGAAAGAAGAUUUAUUUAUACUUCAGCCCAAGCUAGAAAUAGCCCAGAAAGAUACUGAAAAAAUGAUGAUUAUGAUUUCACGUGAGACAGUUGAAGUUGAAAAAGCUACUGCUAAAGUACAGGUCGAUGAAAAAGUAGCAAAUGUUCAAGCUGAGGCAGCUAAUGAACUAAAAUCAGAAUGCGAAACUGACUUGGCAUUAGCUAUACCAAUUUUAGAAGAUGCAAUCAAUGCAUUAAAUACUCUUAAGCCAGCUGAUAUUACGUUGGUAAAGUCGAUGAAGAAUCCUCCUGUUAUAGUAAAAACAGUAAUGGCAGCAGUAUGCGUGAUGAAAGGAGUAUCACCAGAUAAAAGGCCAAAUCCUAACAAGCCUGGCCAAUAUAUAAUUGACUACUGGGGUCCAAGUCAACGCUUAUUAGGCGAUCUCAAUUUUUUACAGACACUAAAGGAAUAUGAUAAAGAUAAUAUAUCUGUUAAAAUUAUGGAUGUUAUACGCAAAACAUAUCUCCCUGAUCCCAGUUUCAAACCAGCAAUCGUAGGUAAAGCUUCGAGUGCAGCGAAGGGUCUUUGCCAGUGGAUUAUUGCAUUGGAUAUGUAUGAUAGAGUGAUAAAAAUUGUGGCACCAAAAAAAGAAAAAUUAGAGAUAGCUAAUACUGAAUUUAAUGCAACCAUGAAGAUAUUGGAUGAAAAGAGAAAUGAAGUAAGAGAGUUACAGAAAAGAUUAGAUGCCCUUAAAGAACGCUUGCACCAGACAGUGUUAAAUAAAGAAAAAUUAUUAGCUGAAGUAGAGUUAUGUAAAAACAAAUUACUUAAAGCCGAAAAACUCAUCGGAAGUCUUGGUGGUGAGAAACAUCGUUGGGCCCAACGUGCUGAAGAGCUCCAGACCAUCUAUAAUUGUAUACCUGGGGAUAUUCUUAUAUCUUGUGGAAUUAUUGCGUAUUUGGCUCCAUUUACAUCACAUUUUAGGUCAUCGGUAAUUAAUGAAUGGAAAGUAUUAUGUAAUAGUUUAAAGAUUCCCAGUUCAAAAAGUUACAGUUUAAUUGAUGUUUUGGGUGUACCAAUAAAAAUUCAAAACUGGACUAUUAAUGGUUUACCAAUGGAUUCAUUUUCAAUCGAUAAUGCGAUAAUUAUGGAUGGGUCUCAAAGAUGGUCUUUAUUGGUUGAUCCUCAAGGUCAGGCACAUAAAUGGGUGAAGACGAUGGAAAAAUCUAAUGAUAUAGUAAUUGUUAAGCUAACAAAUUCCAAUUAUAUGAAAAUGAUUGAACAAGCUAUUGAAGUUGGAAAUCCAGUAUUAAUUGAGAACGUUCUGGAAGAUUUAGAUUCUCCUUUAGACCCAAUAUUAUUAAAGCAGGUUUAUAAGCAAGGGCCUAUGACGUUUAUAGUUAUUGGCGAUAACGUUAUUGAGUAUAAUAUGAAAUUCCGAUUAUAUAUCACAUCAAAGCUGAGAAAUCCACACUAUUCACCCGAAAUAUUUAACAAAGUUACAAUUAUAAAUUUUGCAUUGACCGUGGAAGGUUUAGAAGAUCAGUUGUUGGGGAUUGUUGUGGCCAAAGAACGGCCAGAUUUGGAGUUAAAACGACAAAAGUUAAUUGUCGAAGGUGCGGAAAAUUCUAAAGCAUUGUUGGAUGUUGAAAAUAAUAUUCUACAAAUACUUUCAGCACCAGGAAACAUUUUAGAAGACGAAGAUGCAGUUGAUGUUUUAGAUAACUCAAAGAUAUUAUCUACAGACAUUAUUCAGAAACAAGUGGCUUCAGUAGAAACCGUCGCGGUUAUUGAUGAAUUCAGGUUGCAGUAUAAACCAAUCGCUAAACACUGCUCUAUACUUUAUUACUGCAUUUCUGAUUUGCCUAAUAUUGAUCCAAUGUAUCAAUAUUCUUUAAAUUGGUUUUUCAAUAUAUUUGUUGUAACAAUUGAAACAGCAGCUGAAAACAAAAUUGAUAAACAAGAAUUAAUGUUCCUCAUGACUGGUGGUGUAGGUCUAAAAAAUGAUGUUCCUAAUCCUGGGCCUGAUUGGUUAUUAGGUAAAAGUUGGGAUGAGAUUUGUCGCCUGGAUGAUUUAAACACGUUCAAAGGCAUAAAAAAUGAUUUUAUACAAAAAGUGGAAGACUGGAAAAGCUACUAUGAUUUAACUCAUCUUGAAAAUGCGAAAUUCCCUAAUCCCUGGUACGAUAAAUUAAGUGAUUUUCAACGCAUUAUUAUCGUGCGCACAAUUAGACCAGACAAAGUUAUUCCAGUCAUUACCAAACUUAUAAAAAUAGAACUUGGAGAAAAGUUCACUUAUCCACCACCAUUUGACAUAAAUAAAUCAUACAGUGACUCAAUUUGUCUGAGUCCUCUUAUAUUUAUUCUAUCACCUGGGAUAGAUCCUAUGUCAAGUUUAUUGCAGUUUGCCGAAAAAAUGGGUCAGGCGGAAACUUUACAAAGCGUUUCGUUGGGUCAAGGACAAGGUCCAAUAGCUGAAUCAUUUAUAAACGCCGCACGAACUGAAGGCGGCUGGGUUUGCUUGCAAAAUUGCCAUUUGGCUACCUCAUGGAUGGAACAGUUAGAAUUAAUCUGUGAUUCAUUUGAUAUAUCUAAUGUGCAUAGUGAAUUUAGAUUAUGGCUAACUAGCUAUCCAUCGGAAAAGGUAUUAUAA